GUAGGAUAGUACAAUGUUUAGUCAAUUUGAAUCAAUGUGUAGGUAUACAAAUAGAUACAAAUAAUUUGUUCAACAACCCUAAAUCCUCAUACUGUAAUGAUUAUUUCAAAAAAGAAAAACCAAAAUCUCAAACAUUUUAUCAAACAAAUCUAUCUAUAAAAACCAAAGAAGUCACACAUUUUUCCACAAAAUCCAUAUUUUUAAUAUACCUACCUACCUAAAUUUACUUUUCCAUGCGCUCAUAAUUCCUAAAUGGAAACAAUAUGAUGACACCUUCGUGCGGGCCUGGGGUAAAAUCGUCACAUCAUUAGAUUGUGGCGGGUCACUGGAUUAACACAAAAUGCGUUCGAAAAAGAGAAAAAGUUUACCAAAAUAAAAGUAUGGUAUUAUCGGAAUUUAUACUAACCGCAUUGGCGACUUUGUGUCUCAAUUCCACCUGUGACGACGAUCGCAUCAACGGCAUCACUAAUCACCGCUAUUAUAAAUUGAAAGAGGAACUCAAAAAUGAAACUUUAAUUGUGACAACCUUAAAAAAUGGUCCUCUUAGUGGUUACAAGGAAGAAAAUGGUACCCUAGUAGGAACAGGAGUAGCAUUUGAUAUUCUAGAAAUUCUUAGAAAAGAGUAUGGUUUUAAAUACGUCCUCAAAGCUCCUGAGCAUAAUGUUUUUGAGCCAGUUAAUGGAAAAAAGGGUGGAGUUAGGAAUAUGUUACUUGAUAAGGUUGUAGAUGUAGCAGCUGCUUUUCUACCAAUCCAAUACAGCGACAUAGUUACCUAUUCGAGAAGCUUGGACACUGCUCAAUGGGUCGUUUUGAUGAGCCGACCUCAAGAGUCGGCUUCAGGUUCUAGAUUGCUAGCUCCUUUCACAGCUACAGUAUGGACACUAAUUAUUAUAUCCUUACUGGUAGUGGGUCCAGUUUUAUGGUUGUUAAUAUUUCUACGUGCUAAGAUAUUAUGCAAAGACGACCACGACGUAGUUUUCUCUUUGCCCGUUUGCAUGUGGUUCGUUUAUGGGGCUCUAUUGAAGCAAGGUUCUACGUUGAAUCCCAGAACCGAUUCGUCGAGAAUUCUGUUUUCGACUUGGUGGAUUUUCAUUACGAUUUUGACAGCUUUUUAUACGGCUAACUUGACCGCUUUUCUGACAUUGUCUAGCUUCACUUUGCCUAUAAACGAACCAAAAGAUAUCAGCAAAAAACAUUAUAAAUGGGUUACUAACAGGGGUAAUGGUAUUAUAGAGCCUCUGAUGAUUUCUAAGAAACAGCCACUGGUCUAUGGUGGACGAUUGAUUGAGGAAAUUGGAUUGCCCAUUGCACAGGUUGACGCCGAUGAUGAAACAAUCCUAAACGACUUUGUAACUAAAAAGAAAACCAUGUACAUAAGGGAAAAAACAAUUUUAGAAAUGAUCAUGUACGAAGACUACAAAAUGAAAACUAAAGCCAAUAUUGAAGAAUCCAAACGUUGCACUUAUGUUAUUACAACGUUUCCUGUGGUCAUUUAUUCUAGGGCCUUUGCUUUUAGACCGGAUUUCAAAUACAAAGAGCUAUUCGAUUCCACAUUUCAAUAUUUGAGUGAAUCAGGUAUCACCGAAUUUAAACAAAGAGAAUUCCUACCAGACACCGUCAUUUGUCCAUUGAAUCUUCGCAGCAAAGAACGUCGCCUACGUAACACAGACCUUUUAAUGACAUACAUGAUAGUGGGUGGAGGUUUGAUAAUAUCCACUAUUGUUUUCACCAUCGAAUUAAUUCUACAUUUCAUCAAAGUUCAUCGGUGUUGCAAGAAGCAACUUAACAAUAAUAAUACUCACGAAACAACUUAUCGUCAAAUUGUUUUCACUAAUAAUUAUAAUAACACUUUUAGUAAUAAGCAAUUUGUAACGCCUCCGCCAUCGUAUCAUACGUUGUUUAAUAAGCCGGUGGUUCCAGCUGGAUCCAGAUGCAAGAAGCAAGUAAUUAAUGGUAGACAGUAUUGGGUGGUCAAUGAUAAGAAUGGUAUCACCUCGUUGAUACCACAGAGAGCACCUUCUGCGUUACUGUUCCAGUUUACAAAUUAAAGAUUUUCUUGGUAUACCUACGUACAUAUAUAUUAGAAUAUCAAAUUCAAAGGCGAUUUGGUCGAUGUUAUGGUUAUCUUUGAACAGCUGAGAGAGUUUCAGAACCAUAAGUUAUUGAAUUUAGUUGUAAUUUUAACCGAGGUCACUCCACGGACUAAAUUCCGUCAUAAAUAAAGGAAACUCUCAUUGUUAAUGAAGUUAACAUCCUAAUAAGGAUAACCAUAAUGAAAAAGGUUAAAAUAUCUUCAGGAUGAGAUUUUUUGAAGCUAGUCUUAUUUUUAUCGUUUUU